ACCUGAAUGCCACCGUUGUAUGCUAUGGCUUUUGAAAAGAAUAAUCGUAAUAUAGAAAUUUACAGUCGAUAAACAACGCUGUACGAUAUAUCGGUUUUAUAAACGAAAACGGGACAGUUUCACAGUGCUAAUUGGAGUUAAAACAUUUUGACUACGCGGCGUAGGAAGACCAUAGUAACCGCUUUGUUGUCAAGGAGUGCGACGUCCCACUUUGGACCGAAACACCAAGGCGCAGUGAUAUUGAAAUUUGGGCGCACAGCAGCAAAAGAUAGUGCUUGACAAUCGCAAGGGUGGAAAGCAAACGCUUUGAUUUCGAUUUUUAUAUUCGUAAAGAGCAACGUAGUUCACACUAAAGCACAAUGGCUGAUCAGCUAACAGAGGAGCAGAUUGCUGAAUUCAAGGAGGCCUUCUCCUUAUUUGACAAAGACGGUGAUGGCACCAUCACUACUAAAGAGCUAGGGACUGUCAUGCGCUCUUUGGGCCAGAAUCCUACAGAGGCAGAGCUUCAGGAUAUGAUCAAUGAAGUUGAUGCUGAUGGCAAUGGAACAAUUGAUUUCCCAGAGUUCCUUACUAUGAUGGCCAGGAAGAUGAAGGACACAGAUAGCGAGGAGGAGAUCAGAGAAGCGUUCAGAGUUUUCGAUAAGGAUGGAAAUGGCUAUAUCAGUGCAGCAGAGUUGCGUCAUGUCAUGACAAAUCUGGGGGAGAAGCUUACAGACGAGGAAGUAGAUGAGAUGAUCCGGGAGGCAGAUAUUGAUGGUGAUGGCCAGGUCAACUACGAAGAGUUCGUCCAGAUGAUGACAGCGAAGUAAAACUGGAAACCAAAAGGAGCGCAUCAGACCAAACAGUGGGCAGCACUCUCACUGUCAACAUUCAACAAGCAUUCACAACCCAAACUCUUACUCCUCUCCAUUUAGUUUUGCUCUCCUCUACUUUCCCUUAGUUUGAACAGUCCUCUGCUUGUUUUUAAUGAUCUCCUGUAAUCUUUUUCCUACAUGAUUUGGUUUUCUUUGGAAGAAAAUAUUUACAUGCACAACAAAGUUUAAAUCUUGCAUAUAUGAUGGUGAUAACAGCAGUGUAACACAUGUAUCAAUAUUUUAAAGAUUGUGACAUACUAUAUGGACAAGAGCAAUGCAUGCUUUGUUUACGUUUGGCAUGUGUCUGUGUUUUUUUUUUUCUUUUUCUUUUUUUUUUUUCUUCUUCCCAGCUUGCCUCUUUUUCUAACUUGCUAGUUCUCCUUUAACUGCAUGUUUCUCAUGCAACCUCUGCUCAGUGGUCUUAGAACUGUAUGGUGAAUAACCAUUCAUGGAUAAUCAGGGGCUUUAUAUAACAAAAUGGCUCAAACUUCCAUGUCAUAGUGUGAUUGUUUUUGUAAAUGUAGAUCUGUGUGUCUGAGCGAGUGCUUGUAGAUGGAUUUAAAGUGGAGCCACUCAGUACAGUUUACGUUUUGGUAUAGGGCUUGUUCUUUAGGGACCGCAUAACUAUUGUGCAAGAUAAAAAAGAAAAUUAGACAAACCUGCGUAGAAUAAUCCAGAGAUGGUUAAUUGGGGACCAAUUAUUUCAGUUAGUCUGCUUGUUUUAGCCCCUUUUUGUAUUAUUUGAGAGAAACGUGGUAAGUCUUUAACCUUCCUUCCAACUUCCAUUUCCUCACUAAUUUUACUACCCCAAAGCAAUUGCCACCUAUUUGUUCUAGACUGGUGUAGAGAGGUUUAUUGUUUGGUUUGAGCUCUAUAAGUGUGGAGUUUGUACUGAAGAUGUAGAAUAGUUUUCACCUUAAUAUACAGUCUUACAUUUUGAUGCUGCACUUGGUGUCCUAGUCAGUGGACCGUUUCUGUCUAGGGAAAAAUAUUACAUUUAAGCUGUGUGCUGAUACUUCCUGCAGGCUGUUCGAUAUAUUUGUAUACAUCCAUAGCACCUGCAUUUUAUGAUUUUUUUUUUUUUUUUUCUAAAAAAGAAUAAUUUCUCAAAAACAAUGGCAUGCUCUUCUCUUCCAUGGUCCUGUAGUUGUGGUCCACGCACAGUGACAAUUGGGACGGUGCGUAAUGCUUGUCAUCUAGUUAGACUGCGUCUGCCAUGUUGGUGCAGCAAAUGCUGCCAUGAAAUGCCGCUUUGAAUGAAAUCGAUUUUUUUUUUGUAACUGUAUAGACCGUUAAACAAACAAAUGGUUAAGGUUUAAACAAAUGACGUAUAAUGGUAGAAUCACAUACAUUAUGGAGGUAGUAUUGCAUCUUCUGCCCCAGUUGUUAAUUUAUUCUACUGUUAUGUUUUUUAUGACCUUUAUAUGUUGUUGUUUCUUUUCUUCUAAGAUCUAAGUUUAUGGUCUGGUUCUUUUUUUCUCUCUUUGCCCAUAAGGUAAUGUAGUAAAAAAAAAAAAGAAAGGUUAUGCAUUCCAUUGCAGAACUCUGGUUUUCUUGCUAAAUAAACAUCUUGGACCUCUGUUUCUAAA